CUCCGUGGGUGGGGGAGGCAUCCCGGCAUGGCGCAGUGGGGACUCCCCAGAGGCGGAGGAGAGGUCCCAUCCCCUUCCCCUCCCCCAACCCGCCCUUGAGCCGGGCUCCCAGCCUCGGUUCCUGGGCCAGCGCCGGUUAGACCGAGGUGCCCCAGGGACCCACGAGGGCUGGGCGCCGGCUCUCCGCGUGCCCGCCUCCCGCCCAGAGCUAACUCUCCGGGCGCCCUCACCGGCCGCGGGCGGAGCUCGAUCGGCGGCGCUCCAGGAUCCCGGCUCCCGCCCCUGCGGGUCCCUCCCUCCUCGGGAGCCCCCCAGCGGCCGCAGCCGCCGCGGUGUAGCCGGCGCGGCGCGAGCAGAAACACAGGAACAACAGAGCACUGGAGAACGGGAUGCAGGGACUCCGUAUCUGCCAAGGGAUGAUCUGGGGUCCUCCUUCCCAAUGGCAUCUGGUUUGGAACUGAAGACACUGAGCAAUGGUCCCCAGGUCCCAAGGGGACCAGCCCCAAUGGCCCCAGUGGUGCCACCCAGGAUGGGUGUGGAGAAUGCCUGCUUUUUCUCUGAGGAGCAUGAGACUCGUUUCCAGAACCUUGGGGAUACAAGACUGGGUAGCUCCCCCAGUCCUCCUGGGGGUGUCCCCUCACUGCCCCGGUCCCAGCGGGAUGAUCUGUCCCUGAGAUCAGAGGAGGGGCCAGGCCUGGAGCCUGUGAGCCGCCCAGUGGAUUAUGGCUUUGUUUCUGCUCUGGUGUUUCUGGUGAGUGGGAUCCUUCUGGUGGUGACAGCAUAUGCCAUCCCUCGAGAGGCCCGAGUCAAUCCGGACACAGUGACAGCGAGGGAGAUGGAACGCCUAGAGAUGUACUAUGCCCAUCUGGGCUCACAUCUGGACAAGUGCAUCAUUGCAGGCCUGGGGCUGCUCACAGUGGGUGGCAUGCUCUUGUCUGUGCUGCUCAUGGUCUCUCUGUGCAAGGGUGAGCUAUACCGCAGGCAGACCUUUGUCCCCGGCAGGAGCUCCAGGAAGACCUAUGGUUCCAUCAACUUGCGUAUGAGGCAGCUCGCUGGGGAUGGAGGCCAAGUCCUGGUGGAGAAUGAGGUUGUUCAAGUCUCAGAGACCAGCCACACCACUCAGGGCUCCUAAGUAAGAGUCCACUCUAUCUGGCUGUUUUAGCUGCAGGGCUUGAAGGCUCCCAAAGGCCUGGGGCUUCAAAGUGAGCUCCACAGGGGGCCAUGUGGAGGGAGUCUUGGUGCUGGGGGGCAACUUGGGGCCCGGUCUAGGUCCCAUUCAGGCAAGCACCAUUGAUCUGUUUUGCAGCUUGAAGUUUUUACAUAAGGUUUUGUUUGAAAGAUGGUUUCUGCUGCUAAAAAUACAGUUUGGAAACCACUGCCCUUGGAGGAUGAGGUUACUCGGCAUUUCUGAGGGUUGGGAGUCAUUUGAAAAGUUGCCUCUGUUCUUCAUGCCUUGGAGAAUUCUGGUACUUCCACUAUCCUCAUCAGCCAAGUGAGAGUGUUGGGUGACCUUGUAGGGGUACCUUUCAGCCUUGACCAUCCAGGGUGGGAGGUGGUUUCAUGAUGGUGGGAGAAGUCAAUUCUGAGGUGAAUCCACUGUAGCACCCCACUGACUGAACCACCACCCUCCCCUCUCUCCUCAGUCACUCAGUCUCUAUGGUGAGGGGUAGGACUGGAUGACCCAUUGGGCCACAUAUGCCCUGGAAAUAGGAACCCAGUCUGCCUCUGGACACCCUUUAAGAUAUGAGGGUGACAACCAGGAACUCACCAUCCUCAUUGCCACCUUCUGGCCCAGGCUUGGUGACUGCCACUGUCAGGAGGCAGUUGCUCUCUUAGUCCUGCUAAAGAGCCCCUUGACCACAUUUGGUUAAAUCCAAAGUUUGACACAGCCUGACUUUGGUCUUUGGGACUGAUUUCUUAAGGUGGCUAAUUUUCUACAAUGGCACAUUUACAAAGCCAGGUGCACAGUCUUCACGAAUUCCCUGGGCACCAAGGAAGGGAGGUGAGGACUCGGUUAAAUGUCUGUGGGCAUGCUGGAGCCUUAUCACCUUCCCUCAACAGGCUGUUACUUCUACUUGGGCCUGACUUCAUUCUAGUAACAGAAAGAAAUUUUCUUUAAUGCUGAAUUUGUAAUGUCCGGCUUCCCUUCUUAGUUGUAAAGUGUAGUCACAAAUCAUUUGGGAAGAAACUGGGUACAUUCAGGUGGCCUGGAUAGGCAUUUGUGUUCUUUAUCUCGUGGACUAUUUCCACACCACUUCCAAAGUCUUUAAACUUCUGACAAGGGGAGUGGGCACUAGGGGGCAAGGAAAUGCAGGUAGGCAUCUCAGAGACACACCAUCCAGUCCAGAUGGACCCAGAAGGCUUCUAGAGCACAUGCUGUCUAGGCCAUGGGGAAAGCUCUAAAGAGAUCGUUUCCAUGAGCCCACUCCAGGCAUGGCUCUCUUCCUCCAUCUCAGCUAGCCAAACAAGCUGAUGAUCCUAGGUGUUUGGGGGAGGGGGUUGGAAUAUGGGGUGGCACAAGGUCUGGAGGUUGGAGAUGCUCCACCUGAAACAUGAGCCUUCAGUCUAGCAGCUUGAACAUCUAGGCAGUGUAUUACAUCUAGGCAGUGUAUUAUUACAGCUGAGACAGAUCAAAUGUCUGCUCCUGCUAGCAGUUUUUGCACAGAGCAGUGGGCUGGGGGAGGGUCGUAAAGGACAAAGAUCGUGGGCUUGGGUUUGGCAGUGCUAGAAGGGUGUGGCUUAAAAAGAACAAAGCCUAAGACAGUGAAAGAUACCAAGCCCAGGGCUUCUUAGGUUUGUGUUUCUCCUGGCCGGAGGAGGGAAGUGCUAGACAAAGUGGCAGGAGCCAUCUAGGUGAACUAUAGUAGAAUAGGACACCCCCGAUGAUGGGCCUGGCUUUUCAAAUCCAUGAUGAUGAUAAAAUAUCAGUCCAAAGUCCUAUGGAUUCUUAUGGCAGUGGGGAGGUGUAUUGGGAUAUGAAGCCUGUUGAGAGGAUGUGCCUGACAUUGUCCAUUCAGAUCAGUUUAAAUGUGAUGAAUUGUAUUUAAGGGCUAAAUACAUCUGCUAGAUGAAAUCCCAGGUUUUCUCCAAGCCAGAGAAACGUGCUUUGCAUUCUGAUGGGAAAACUCCUUUAGAAAACAUGUGUAAAUGGGUCAAGGCCGUCAUUACCUUGUCAAUGAAUUAAGAAGAUUUGAAAGAUGUCAAAAACAUUUCCCCAAGACUGUAGCUGAGAUCUCCCAGUUGGUGGAUUACAAACAGGUUUCGGGAGGAGUCAAGAAAGAAUGUGACGUGCUGAGAACUUUGUGGGUUUUUUAGAUAUAGAGUUGUCCCUGUGGUUUCUGGAACAUGCCUGCCUCACUUCUAAGCACUGCCUCUUACCCAACAAGCUACUAGGCCCUCAAAUCUUGCUUUCCUUAUUUCCAUCUGAAAAGAUGUUGUAGAGUUGGUAAGAUCUGGGCUUGAAUAUAGACUCUGCCAUUUACUGGCUGUGUGACUCUGAACAAGUUACCACCUCUCUGUUUUGGUGGGCUAACUGGUUCAUACAGCAUUCUCAGUAUGAAAAACACAUUUGGCAAAUCAUUCAUUAUUUGAAUGAAUGAAUAGGUGAAACAAAAGAUUUCUAUGUCCUCCAGGACAGCUGGUCCCCAAUACAAGGUCCUGGAGUCACAUGGUUCCUGCCCAGCUUCUUGGAGUCCUGACUGGAGUCCUGUCUUGUGGUUAGAAUUAGUGACCCAGAAGAUCCUACAUGCAAAAGCGUGGAUGUGGCUUGUCAGUAGGCUCUGCAGGUAGUGUCCUUCUUACUGUGCCUUGGUUCAGCUUCAUGUGAAAGAGUUCCAGGGGUUUCCCUGAUGAAGAAGGGCUCUUCUUCCAACCCUAUCAUGACAUAGCCCAGUGACAACUAGACCCAGGAGAUACUUGGUGAGGUAGAAUCUGUGACUCCUGAUUCUCCUGGCCCAUCUGAGGACCUGAAGCAUGCAGGCCUAGGUCUUUGGAACCCAUUCAGUCACCACCUUUGUUCCCUCAUUUUGGCACCCUGUGAGUCUCCCAGACCAGGGUGGCCACUGACUGACUCCACCACUGCUCCUUUUCUUGGGAAUAGCAUCAUUUUGCCUAGGUUUGUUUUUCAAAUGCCUUUCUCCUUGCAUAUAUAAGCAUGUACCCAUGCAUACACAUACACACACACACACACACACACACACACACACACACAGUCCACACCCCUGCAGCUUUCUUAUCUGACCUUCCUCAGGAGCCAAGCACAUGUGCUCUGGGAGCAGAGCUCCAAGCCAGGGAUGAUUGAUCAUGGUUUCCUUCUCUACCAGCCACAGCCCUGUUUCCCAGGAUGCCAGCCUCCCAGCAAUAGUCCUCUUGUUUCUUCCAUAGUGUCCCCUCCUGCUUCCUUUCUUAGGAGAGGGAAGAGAGUUCUGGAGGAUUCCCAUCCUGGCACUUGGGGAGAGGACUGUGGUUCUGGACUGGGAACCAGGCCAUCCAGGUCUUGCUGGUCAUCCCGUUCCUAUAGGCUUUUGGGCAAGUAACUACCUCUCAGGCCUCAGAGAAAAACGAAACCACCCCACUGUCCUUCUCCAGGGCUGGGGUUAAAAAACAUAAGAAGAGAGCAGAAAAAGGAUGGGAGGCAUCAAAAAACCAGAGGUGAGGGUCUGCCAGGAGGAAAGUGGGGUAUCAGUGGUACUGACAGUGGCAGGGGGAUGUCUCACAUGGGGCCUGUUGGUUUUCUCCCUAAUUUUCCCAGGAAAUAGAUUCAUCAGGGAGAAAGAAGCUGGCUGAGGUCUUGCCCAGAUUAGAGUGGUAGAAAGUGCCUUGCUAGUGGAUGUAUAUUAACAUUUACUGGCCAGGAGUUAGAUAUCUUCAGAGAUGGAACAUACUGGAUUUGAAGUGGAUUUAUCCAAGAGGUGCCCCAAGCUUUCAAACAGUUCAUUUGAUGAGAGCCAAGAUGUUAAUGGCAAGAGCCUGGCCAGUCCUACUCUAGCGUCUUGUCCUUGGACCCUGUGCAUCCUCUUUUCCACCUUGUUCCUCUUCCUGGACUAGGCUGUCCACAAGCAGAUGGACAGCACAGGACACCUACACUGUGCAGAGCGUGGCAGGAUUACUGCCUUCCUCCUCCCAGGGUACCCAGUGCUGGAGUUUUGCCCCUACAUGAAUCUCAGAGGGACAGGAGGCAGAGUCCUGAGGUUCUUUGAAGGCUGGUUCAUCAGAUAGAGUGUAAGGGACAGCUGCUCAGGUGCCCAGUAGAAGUUUCCUUCCCUCUAAAGCAGUUCUGCUGAUAGCAUUGCCUUCCCCAUAAGGCUGUGGCAGCAGUAAAUUAAGAUGAUAUCUGCAAAGCACUUAGCAUGGGACUUGGCACUUCCUAAUUGCACAGUAAAUGUCAGCUAUUCAUGUUCUUUCAUUCAUCCACACCUCAUCUACUGCAUCCUUCCAUGUACUGUGGGUUCAACAGCUCUUGCUGAAUUGUGCCCAGGCUGUCUAGGGCAGGACGGUGUGGCUGCUACUAUGACAUAAGAUGCAGUGUGUGGGGAGGUGUGCAGAGGAGGACCUGGGUGGUCUGGGGUCAGAAAGGUUCUCCUGGAAGGGGUUGUCUAAUGGGAAUCUUAACUAGGAAGUAUCUAUGUGGGGCAAGAGUUGGAAAGAUGGAAGGGGAAUCUGGGCAGAGAGAAAUGUGAGUUCAGAGGCCUCAGCAUCAGAUGAGUGAGGUUGACAGGUGGUACACAGGAGACUGAGGAGUGGCAUGCUGGGUGGGGCCCACAGUAGGUGCUUGGGCUUCAUCAUCUGGAGAAGGGGGACAGGCACAGUCUACUACGAGACUUUACAGGUAGGGGGCAUGGCAUGUGGUGACAGGGUCUGUGCUCCCUAUGCUUGCAGGUGUCCGGCAGGAAGAAUCUUCUAUGUCAGAUGCACUGUAGGGGUGACACUGCAGCUGCCCCCUGGCUCUCUUUCUACUGAAGACAGAGGACAUGGCACUGACUCUGGCAACUUGGUAGCCCAUUUCUACUUGGCUUCUGAGUCUCCAAGGUCAAGGUGGUGGCAGCUAGUCUCUUGGGUUUAAGGGAAGGUAGCAAGUGAAACUAACUAGCUCUUCUGCCCAGGGGAACAAGACAGGGAAAGAAGGUGGCUGCCUGGGAGGUAUGGCAUCCAGGCUAAUCAUAUUUAGGGCCAGUGAUCCUUAGCCCCUCCAUCAGAGAUUAAAGCAGGGGCCCCAAGUGCAAAUGUCUGCAGAGCUUGGCAGAUGGUAUCAGUGGACUGGUAGGUGCUGUGGUAGUGGUGACAGGAUUAAAAGGGGGUGUCUGCUCUGGAUCUGGCCAGCUGUUGCCUUGUGGUCACUAGAGUUCUUAGUUUUUCAAAAGCAGCUGGACAGCUGGACUUUGGUGGAUACAAGGAUGUGCCAAGAUAUCUGCCUGAGAAUUGUGGCUGAGUACAAGGCUAUAGCCAAUAAGAUGCCAUCUGCUGGGGCCAGGAGUGUACCACUCCCCUCCCUGAGCUUACUAAAUUAUUCAUAGAGAUGGGGUGCCCUCAAGAAGCCUGGCCUUAGCCACCCAGGUGGUUACUUGCUGAGCAGCAGGCCAGGGACCACCUGAGGGUGCCCACCCACUCAUCCUUAUUGCUUUUUUGGACAGAGCUCUGAGCAGCUGCUCUGCCAGGUUUUGGAGGUUCAGUACUGAACAGAUGAAAACCCAAGGGGAGUACUGACAGUGGACUCCCAGAGAAUUUACCCAGAGAAUUCCUAAUGUGGGAGGCCCAUUGGAUACCAUGCGGCUUGAAGGGGCAGUGGUAUCAGAGAUCAAGAAGACGAAGGGCAGGUCCUUUUCUCAGAGAUGUCUGCCUGUCCCCAGAAUUGGGUCUUCUGGCUUGGAGAACAGUUUAGCUUAAGCCACAGGCCUCUGCAGCCCAGAGAGCGCUGACCAGGGUGCUGAAUUGGCAUGGCGCUUUCCUGAGAAGCUAGCUAAGGGGAGGAGGAGGAAGGGGACUGGUAUGUUCUUGUCCCUCAGGAACUCCAUGACUGUUCUGGUCAGUGUUUAGCAGGGAAACCUUGGAUGUGAAGCUGGGAUUUCUGUGGCCCUGGGGGAAAAUCCCUGUCAUGUAUCUGCUCUGAACUUGUGUUUUCACUUGUUUAAUGAAGACUAGCUUCCAUCUUACCAACCCCCAAAGGCCAAGGUAAGCAGCAACUUGGCCUAGGAGAGAGGGCCCUGCACAGAGCCCAAGUCCCAUCUCAGGAUCCAGUGGAGCACCUGGCUGACCCUCAGAAGUGCUUCCUGGGUCUGUCUCCUCCUACAGAAUGAAGGCUGUGCUGGGUUGGUAUCAGAUGCUCCUAACCUGGAUUCUCAGGUACAGUGGGGACCCCUAGCAAACAGGAUCAGUCUUAGACCCAUCCUUGACAUUAUUAAGAAUUUCUUCUUCUCAGACAGACCUUGACUCUCUUUUCCAGAUUCUGGAGUGGGUUUGCUUAGGGAUCCAUGGUCAUGUGAGGUGUGGGUACCAUUCUACUGAAAAGAACUUUAAACCUACCCAUGUGACCUCAGUAAUAUUAGCUGCUGACAAGCAUUAUGCCCCCCUGCCACCUCCCUCUAAUUAGACCCAGUUGGUGGUACCUUCUAGCAAUCCUGCAGGUAGAACUGACAUUUCACAGAUGAAGGCCACACCAAUAAAGGCAGUGUUCAGGUCACACCUACACCUGGCCUUGAUCAAAAUACCAGACUUUCCAAACCCUCUUUGUCUGGUCUAGAAAAUGGGGCUGUCAGACAGUCAGUGGUCUAAAUGUUAUUUCACAAGGGCACCCACAUUUAAAGGCAUAUAUGAGACACUUGAGUGAACCGUACGAUUAAGGGAAUGGAGUGGAUAUUGGGGGUACAAACAGGGACAAAUGUAAAUUUGUCAGAAGGCUGUUGAAAGUAUUGGUUGUAUGUGCCAUCAGCUGAGACUGGCUGACUUGGUUCUUCACGCCUGACAUCAAAGUGGCCAUAAAGGGCCGUCUGGACCCUUGAACAUCUCAAACUUCACUGUGCACACGGAUCAGGUGGGGAACUCGUUAAAAGGCAAGUUCACAUUCAGUAAGUCUGGGGUGGGGCCUGAGACUCAUCUCUAACAAGAUCCCAAGUGAUACCGCUGCUGGUGGUACUCUGACUAGAAAGACUUCCCUUCCCUUCUCAGUUCACCAACCUGUGUGAUCUAUGAACCACAAGUGGGCCUUGCAAACAUGGACUUGAAAGCCUUUCUUCAGAGCUGUAGAUUGGGACCUGUGAUGUGUUGUAUACUUACAACAAGCAUCUCAGGAGACAGGCUCUAGCAAGCAAGGGUAUGGUAUCCAUCUACAUCAUGGCUACGGCACAGCCAAUUGUAAGAGACUGGCUCACCAGACCUGUUCCACUGACCCCCAUCACACUAUGACUCACGGCACUUGUUUUAUGUGGCUUAUCUGAAACAUUGUUCCCACAGUUACCCAGGGUCCUUUAGACUGAGCUGUGUGUCUUAUGUUACUCUAAGUAGGGGCUGAGCCUUCUGCUACUACCAGCACUGCCAUAGUGGGGUGCUUAAACUUCCUCACAUUACUGUUUGUUUGCAUUCUAGGAUCUGUCUACAGUCACCAGGGUCUUGCCACCCGUCACUGCCCCAUAUUCUCACUACCCUUACCUUUUGACUUAUUCUCAGGUGCAGAUUCAGGGUCAAGCCCUGAUUCAGGGUGUGUCCGUGGUAUCCUAAGGGCAAACAAGGCCUGGUAGGUAGAUGGGAUGCUUGCUUUGUGUCUAUUUUGGACACCAACAGUGGUUGACAAGCAUGCAAGUGUUACUGACAAUGAAACCUGGGGAUAAGCCUGAGGAUAUCUUCUCCUUGAUGAUAGGACUGGUCUUUAUUGGAAUGGCAUCAAAGUACACAAGAUCAGAUGACAGAGACUAUGAAGUGAGCCAUGGAUUAGUUUUUCCUCCUGUGAAGACACCAUGGAUCUACAGUAACAAAAUGUCAAUGACAACAGAAAGGGAGGCCAGGAGGAGGCUGGGCUCCAGAGGGAGGUUGUGUGGACUUGGUACCCAUUUUCCAACUAUGUGUCAACAGGUACCAACUCUCCAGCACAGAAAUAUAACCCCAUUUUAAAUUUAAUACAUUCUUGGGUUUGGGUCUUAAGAGACUCAUGAUUUAGAUUGGAAGUUGGUUGAAGCUCAUGACUAAGUAGACAAUGCAAUGCAAAACUCAGCCAGCGCUAUGAAUAGAAGCCAAGAAGAGAAGGUGGGAUGUGGGCCAGUGCAUCCUAGAAAUAGUAUGAGUGGUCUAUUUAGCACUGAAGACAAUGAUUUAGAACUAGACCUUGAUUCUAUUGUAAGCCACUGGAUGAGCUAUGAAAUUUCAGACAAAGUAAAAAUGAUGCUGUGAAUCUUACUUGAUCUGCAAAGGUCUCAGAAAACUUCCCUAGAGAAAGGACCUGGCAUAUAUCAUCCAGCCCAGAAAUGUGCCCAAGUCAAACCCAACUCCAAGUGGCUCACUGGUCAUGGUUACCCCAAAAUGGUUAUUAUCAAAGCCUGGUCCUGUUCCUAAAGGCAAGUGGCUCUGGUCUCUGCUCUGAAUGACAUCAAAGUUUUCCAUUAAACACACACACACACACACACACACACACACACACACACACACACAGGACAAGAAUACAAUGAAAUAGGACUUGACACCACUGGGAUGGCUAUAAGCAAGAAUCCAGGUGCUGGUGAGGUUAUGGAGAAACUGGAGCACUCAUACACUACUGGUGGAGUGAAAAUAGUGUGGCUUCUAUGGAAAAUACAAGCAGUUCAUCAAAAAGUUAAAGUGUUACCACGGGACCCUGCAAAUCCACCCCUUCAUAUAUAUUCAAAUGACCGGAAACAUCAACACACACGAAAACCUGUACAUGAAUGUUCUUAGCAGCAUCAACCGUUCGUAACUGAUAAAUGAACAAAGUAUGAUACAGCCAUCCCAUGAACUGUUACUUUGUCAUAAAGCAAGGAAGUGCUGAUAUCUGCUACAACCAACAGCACAGUGAAAACAUACAAAGUGGAGGACUCUGGACACAAGGGUCAUACACUGAGUGACUUCAUUUAUGAGAACUGUCCAGGAUAGGCAAAUCUUUUAAACAGUAGACUGGGGGCUGCCUGGGCAGGGAGAGAGGGAAUGGGGUUUCUUUGGGGGUAUGAUAAAAUGUUCAGGAAUUAGAUCUGAGGGUGGACAUACAGCACUGUGAAUACAGCACAGCUUUAAAAGGGCAAAAUUUACUAGUAUGUGAAUUCUCUCUCAAUAAAGCUGUUAUAUAAAAUCAGGAGCAGGUUAUAAAGUGCUGUUGUUUAUUGUAAAGGUUCCAGUUUGGGGUUCUAGAAGACAUAUGCCUGAAACAGUUUCACCUGUUGAUUGCACACAGCUGGAAGAGAAGCAACAGAUCAAAACAAGCACCUAUAGCCCAACACAAAUUCUUCAAGGCCCCAUUCAGUUCUCCCACACUUGGGUUUCUCAGCGAUACUGAUAUAAGGAGACCCACUGGAAAAACAGGCUGGAACUGUAACCACCAAAUUUUGUUUGAAGAAUACAGAAUGAACGCAUGACUCUUUUUUUUUUUUUUUUUUU